AUGCCCGUCGUCCAGCAAUCACCUCACCUUCAGAGAUCUGGAGGCCAAGGAGACGUUUACUUUCCCCAUCCCGCACCCAACGCACCAGGAAACGAAGACGAGGAAGCCCAGGCCAAGAUGGGUUCCACUGUAUCAUUACUCAAAACCCUGAUCAUCCCUGCGCUUAUCUCUCUCGUCCUCUACCUCGUCAUCUCAUAUCUCGUCGUGCCUGUGUGGAAACGGUACCGGGCGCGGUACAGCAAUUAUCUGCCAUUAAACACGAUAUCCACGCAUACCACAAGCGUUCGACAACGGAUACACGGUGCCCUGGUCGGUGCUAUGGUUCGGUGGCUUCUGCCGUCCACAUGGAGAGCGGAGUUUGCAAGUUCCCGACAGGCUGUUAGUGCACAAGACGGGUCAAGCGAUUUCGAUGAGGAUGACGGGGAAGAACUGUAUGAGGUCAAUGACGUCGAUCGGAACAGGCGAGAGGCCUUGUCGCUGGAUGCGCAGAGGGGAAGAGAGGAUAGCGAGAGACGGCUGAGCAGAGAUCUAGAAGAAGGCUUUAAGGACGACAGUGAAGAUGAAGAAGACGAUACAAGCGAGGUGGGAAAUCAGGGUGCGUUGCGCUGA